UUCGACCGUUUGGCUUUAAUUUAGUGUGUUUGCUGUUUACCAAUUAUCUAUUAGGUCCGGUGUGUAUAGUGCGUCCCCGUGAACUAUAGAAACAAAGAGUAAAUAGAUGUCAUUCACAUUUCACAUUACGUGGAACUUUCGUGUGUUCGUCUUCUUAACUUAAUGCGGUUAUCAGAAGGUACUUAAACCAGAUGAAGCUAUAUAUCAAUGACCUAGAUUAGUUUUUAAUGAUCACUACGCAGUUGGAAAUGUGACGAAAAUCUUAUUUAUUCGGAAAGGUAAAACGCUAUAUUUUGUCCAAAUGACAGCUGACAUUUUCAUUUGACAUUCGUUGAGUAUCGUUCAAUGUUGUCUCAUUUCCGGCGUUCAACUACAAUUUCAGGAAACUUUAUGUUUUUGCCGUUUUCCCAGCAUCAGAAUUUACUUCCGCCGCGGACCCUCCAGUGUAAGAGAACAAUGUAUACAAAGAUGCCAAUUCGAAAGUGAGGAUUAUUUACUUUUAAAGGAGGACUUACAGUUUAUCAUGACAGUUAACGUAUUGAUCUAGUUCAUGACACUACCCCGUUUAAAAAUAAAGACAAUAUAGAAACAUUAUUUACGGUACAGGAUGCGUUUGGAUAUGUAAAAGAAUAUAAUGGCGACUGUUAACGACACUGUGAUCGACGAUAAUGGUGGAAUUUCAGUAGAGGAGUUGCAGGCUGUUAUUGGCAUUCUAUCCGUGUUUGCGUUAUUUGGAACAAUUGGAAACGCGCUGGCAUUUUAUGUUUUUUACAACCUCAAACAGAAAUUAACAUCAACCAUCUUUAUUCUGGCAUUAGCUGCCACGGAUUUUAUCACGUGCCUCGUUACCAUCCCCUACACAAUCGCCGUAGAGUCACUAAAGUAUUUUAUAGAUGAUGCCGUUUGUAAAAUUUACCAUUUUCUGAUAACGACAACGAUUCCAUUUUCGGCAUUUGUUAUGGUUGCUAUAGCGAUUGAUCGAUAUUUGUGCAUUUGUCAUCCUUUCUUACAUGUAAUGACAAUAAGAAGAGCUAAGAUUAUUGUGGUUUGCUUGGGGGUAUUAUCUUUCUUGUUAGGGAUUACCGCCUGUGUUCACCACACGACCUGGGUUGUUCACGAGACGACCGUAGAAGACAACCUUACGUCAACCGUUAAGCCCUUUGUUGAUAAUGCGCUCACGCUCAGUGGUGGUGGUGGCACAAGCGUUGUGCAAUAUUCAUCAUAUCCCACAGGCUUUACAAAUCGACAAAAUUUAACGUCAAUCGGCAGUACACUGACCAUAUCGGUUAACGGUACGGCCACGCCCACACCUCUAAAAACUGUUAAAGCUUUUAUUGACAAAGGGCAAUGUCAAACACACAAGGAUUUUAUCGAUCCGACAUUUUUCUUGGUGUUUCAAAAGAUUUACUCUGCACUGUUCUUGAUCUGUUGUCUCAUAGUGCUGGUUCUGUAUAGUCUCAUUUAUCGCUUUGUAAUCUCGAAACGAAAGAAGCGACUCCAGAUUAAGUCAACCCGCUGUUGUUUUACAGCAGAAAACACACACAUUGAAAAUGAACAGACUGAAGCCACCGUGGCCCUCGAAUUAAGUCAAACCGCCAAUGGCUAUAAAGUGAAAAACAAAAGUAACGACACCCAAGCUGAGAAUCACACAGCAAAUGGAACUAAUUCGAGUGUGUCGAAAGUACGUGUGGAGAGAAUGAGAAUGGCCAGCAUUAAAACUGCCUUUAUGCUUUUUAUAGUCACGCUUGUUUUCAUUUUUGCCUUUUUACCAGCCUGGUUAAUGGCACAUCAACUUGUUUCGCUUAAUUUGGUUGUUUUCUAUAUGUAUUUUAUCUAUAAUGUGGCGAAUCCCUUCAUAUAUGCUUUCCUUAAUAACAAUUUCAGAGCUGAACUCAAAAAUAUGUUCCGCUCUGGCUAGUUCAUGUAAUGUGAAACAAUAAUUGAAAUCAAAUUUGUCGAAAAGUAUUGACUGCCUUUUUAUUGUUUAUGUGAUCAAUAUGAAAAUGUCUGUUGUUAUUUACAAAGACAUUUUCAGAUAAAGACAAUAACAAAUAUUGGAACAACAAGAAUACAUCUUUUUGGAAAUUUGUUACACUAUUAAUUACGCUUUAAGUUUUAUUUUGUUUUGAUCAGAUUAAUUGUAAAACCCCGCCACCGUCCUCCAGACACCAAAUCCGGAACAUCCCCGCUGGAUUAUAACUUCCCAGUCUAUCACUUCUACCUGAAAGCAAGGAUAAUGAAUAAGAUUUCCAUUUACUUUGUCUAACAAACGUACUCAAUGACUGUCAGAUUUAAUAAGACAAUUUUAAUUAUUGGCUUAGAGGAAUACGCUUAUGGCUGUCAGAUGCUUCUAGACACGAGAAAUAUAAACAUAUCCAAACAUACUGACCAAAGCCAUAUGAGCACGAAGUCUAAGAGUUGCGGUACAGCUACAAUCCCUCGGUGUAUUCUACUAUAUGGUAUUUGAAUACCCGGGGAAGAUCAUCACGAAUCUAGGUAUAAUAUCACAUGGCCUUCACAGCAAUAAAUCACCCCUGGUGGUCAAGGAGCCAGGCAUAAUGUAUCCGUUUAGAAGACCGAGUCAUGGUGUAUUUCAAAAUUGCAAUCAGGUGACAUAUUCUAAUCCCUACUAGCAAUGAAUUAAGGUCAGUAUUCGAGUGCAUUUGAGUUUUUAAAUGAUGAUAAUUUGAACCUAAGAUGAAAACAUCUACCCGACACAGUUUAUGGUUACAAAACACGGGUUAUUUUGAACAAGAAUUAACAAGGACACCUAGAAUUAUCAAACGGAUCGGAAGUUUCUUAAUUUCCCAUUACAAUUCCUUUGCCACCUGUAACUUAGACUACAAUUUCUAGGGUUUUAAGGGGAAUAUUCUGUUGAAUUGUAACCGACAGGAACCCAAUGAUUUGAAAUACAACAUCAUUUAUUUAGUAAUUUAUGUUUGGUUUUAUUAUUAUUGGUGCAAGAUUAUUUGUGUAGGUAAUAUAAUAUAUGUAAAUAUUUUGUUCACACGUAAUAAAUACGAGAUGAUUUUCCGCUAUAAUUUCAAGUCUGUUUUAUAGUCUCUAUUUUGCAUGUACUCAAUUACAUAUUUAUUAAGAAUGGCCAAAUGUUAUGUGUAAAUAAAAUUGUAAAUACAUUA